AUAGCAAAUGAAGCAAGUGGGCGGCCAUGGCAAUGGCGAGGAGGUGGAGCUGUUGGGGAUAUGGUUUAGCCCAUAUGUUCAACGAGUGGUGUGGGCGUUGAAGAUCAAAGGAAUCGACUACCAAUGGGUGGAGCUAAGCUUUAGAGACCCUAAAAACAGGAGCCGAUCGCUUUUGAAACACAACCCUAUGACGAAGAGAGUCCCGGUAGUCGUCCACCGGGGAAGACCCGUCGUGGAGUCGCUUGUGAUCGUCGAGUACGUCGACGAGACUUGGAAGAAACCCCAUUUUGCCUUCUGAUCCAUAUGAGAGAGCAAUGGCUCGAUUCUGGGCAAAUUUCGUAGACCAAAAGAUAACUGAAGUUCUGACCAAACUCUUAAGCUUAACGGACAAGGCGCAAAUGGAAGAGGAAGCGAAGCAGGCAAGCAAGGCGUUGGCGACCCUGGAAAUGGAAUUGAAGGCAAAGGGCAAAAGGUUCUUCGGGGGAGAGACGAUAGGGUUAGUCGACAUGGCCUUGAGCAUAAUAACCAAUUGGAUGGAAGCCAUCGAGGAAGUCCUCGACGUCCACGUAUUCGACUCUCGAAACCAUCCUUUCCUCGCUCGAUGGAAGACCGACUUUGUGGAGUUCAUCCACCAUGACUUGCCUCCAAAAGAUGGAUUGGUUCGGUUCUAUCGCCGGUAUCAGCAGUCCAAGAUAACCGGCGUUGCGGCGUCAAGAUUGUAAAGGAUCAUUUUCUCAAUAAUCUUGGCUGCAAGGCGAAU